AUGAAGUUGGUUGGAACAUCACCAUUGCUUAAAAUAAACUCAAAGUGUACCGAGGACAACCACACAUCAAACAAUGACAAGGAGUUGGAGACUGAGUUCCUGCGCCUGUCUCUGGGUUUCAAGUGUGACAUAUUCACUCUGGAUAAACGUCUGCGCCUGGAGGAAAGAUCUCGUGAUUUGGCAGAAGACAAUCUGAAGAAGGAGCUCGGCAGCUGUAAAAAGCUCCUGGAGGCUCUGACUCCACUCUGCGAAGACGACAACCAGACACACGAGAUCGUCAAGAAGCUGGAGAAGAGUCUGCAGUUUCUGUGUCAGCACACGGCGCGUGUGGCCAGCCGAGCAGAGAUGUUGGGGGCCAUUCACCAGGAAAGUCGGGUCAGUAAAGCAGUGGAGGUGAUGAUUCUGCACGUUGAAAACCUAAAACGCAUGUACGCCAAGGAGCAUGCCGAGCUGGAGGAGCUGCGGGAAGUCAUGCAACAUAGCGAUCGCAACAGCUGCGCCGUGGACAGAGAUGAUGCAUUAAAGUUGGCAUCAACGCUUGCUAGUAAGGUCUCCCCUGCCAGGAGGGUCAGUAUGCCGGCGUACACAAGAGGAAUUGGCACUGCCUCUGCUAUGGAUAUCUUUGGAGCAGACAAGUUGGAUAGUAAGAUGCACAGGAGAUCGAACAGCUGGAAGUUGGUGGGUUCACGACAGAAUGAAAAUCGGCCCACACUGCAGAGGUUUAUGGAUAAUUACAACCGUGCAGACCCAGCGGAAGAGGAUUGCAUUAAAGAGGAUGAGCCCACCACAGAAUUAGCGGAGGAAAUACAAGAAGAGAAAACCAGAAAAUUCAGCUUACCGCAGAAACCGCCGUCUCCUUCCAAACCAGAAUCCACAUACAGCCGAAUUUUGUCCUGGACGUCUGACGUGAGACGAUCGAUAACCUCCAUCAACAAACCUAUUGUGAUCGCUAUCGUGGCUGCGUUUUUAUUUGUGACACUCGCUGGUUUCCUGACAGGCCUGUCCUUCCACAGACCAGUAGAUGGAGCCCCAGUCGGUCCCGGCAUCUCAUGGACUUCCAUUCAGCAGUUACUGUGGCCCUACACUGAGCUCCGACACAACGGGCCCCCGCCAGUAUGAUGGCGAUGAGGAUUUUCAAUAUUUUAACUGUUUUUUUUGUAGUGUUUACAACACUUGGCCCCCACCCCCCUCUCUAUGAUGUACAAUAUUCUGGACAAUCAUGCUUUAAAAUAAUUUAUCUGUAUAUAUUGUAUUUUAUUAUAAGCCAGCAGAGGCCACAAAGAUGUCAUAUUGUCUACAAGAGACUGCCAGCUUCCUAAUUAAUAUGUAAUAUAGAAUAACUCGGAGAUGGUAUGGCGUGUUAAGUUACAUGGCUGUCACGUGUGAUUUGCUGGCGUGGAGUGCACCACGCUGU